GCAGCCUACUAUCGCUAGGCUCUACCGAGAUGAGAGCAAGUCCCUGAGACAAGUUAGGGAGAUCAUGGAAACCCAAUAUCAUUUUAACGCCACAACUAAGAUGUACAAGUCAAGACUGAAGGUUUAGAAAUUGGACAAGAAGCUUAAAGAAGCCGAAGUAGCGGUAAUGCUUCGACAAACGAAGGACCGCGACGCUGCCGGGAAGCGCUCUCAGUUCUUUCUCCGAGGUCAAGAAGUCAACUGGGAACGUGUGGUUCAGUAUCUGAAACAUAGGCCGGACUUACAAGAUACAACCAGCGUGGAUAUCGCACAAUAUACGAAUGCAAACUUGGAUAUAACAUGCUCUACACCCUCGCCGACCUUAUCCAAGAGCGAAAUCCCUCGUCGGAUAGAGCUGCAUUCGGAUUUGCGUUUGCUCGACGAUUCUAUACGGAUCAUACGUUCCUACCUUGAUGGGGCAUUCGAAACAGGCUUGGUCGUCAUCAAUGGGCAAAUUCUCUACGGACCAAACGGGAAGCAAGCAAAGCAAAGGGUCCGGAAGUGGCAUGACGACAUGGCCGACAUCCAUGCAUUGUUUAGCAGCCAGGAAGUAACUGCUGCCUUCCGCCACCUCAACAAGCAACUUGAUUCACUGAAAUAUCUCAUAAGGGAACAGGAACCUGAGCUGCUAAUACUAGCAUUCAACGACAUCUUCGACCUGGAACCUAAACUCUCUGAGACACUCCUUCUGUUCGUUUGCAGGAUGCAUCAGGCCAUAUUUGGCGAACAACACCCGCUCAGCCUUAUAUGGGAUAAAUUAGUUCGCUUCACUGCAAGGGCCCGCUUGCAUGCUGUGCUGAGCAUGGCCACUUUCACUGCAGAUGUGAUAGAAGCGAGGAUGGGGGCUCAGUCUGCGAUGGUUGAGGCUCUGGAGUGCCUUCAGGUGGACGUGCAUAAGCAAAGAGGCUUCAAGGAGACCCUCGGGAUUUCAGAAGUUUGAAUUAUUUUCGGAGAGAGCUUCUGACACGCUUGAUCGGGACCAACAGUGCACCGACAAGAGUAAGGUAGUCGAGACUUGGGCCCUAUCAUGGAGUUCUAGCGGAAGUGCUUUCACGGUCUGUGAUAAUAGCAUAGGGAU